GUCACACUUUUGACCGCCUUUUGGAAGCAUUGCAAAUACGCGUGUUAACGUGAAACGUUGAAAUAAAGAAGAGAAUUGAAAGAAAAAAACAUAUAAUUCGGUACAAAAGCAAAUCAUGGAAUAUGAUUUGAAUAUUUAAAUCAUUUGCAAUUAAAGGAAAUAAAAACAUAAAAACAAACGACUAACAACUGCAUUGUAUUUGUUUGGUGACACCCAUCUGAACCCCUCCCGGCCAAUUAACUACAAGAACGUGUCGAGUUAAAAGUGUGUCUCUUGUGUGGAUUCUACUAUUUAAUGUACGAUCGUAAAGGCUAGCUAAUACUUGCAAUUAUGUUUGGGUUUUAAAGCAUGGCUUUCAUUAUGCAAAUUGUAAAACGCUGUAAUCAAUUAUGACAUCAAUUGUAACAAUCGCCAGCUCUGUUCUGUACGUUUUUUAAUUGAAUUAUCAAACAAAAAACCGGGGAAAAUAGCAAUACAAUUUUAAUAAGAACAUUCAAAUAGUCGACUACUGGAAAAAUAACCCAAGGCUAGAUUACAGGCAUACGAUAAAGUCCACACUAACUCUCUUUUUGCCGACUUAACAAAGAAAAUGAACCAGUCGACCGUAACAUGAAAGUCAUUUAGUCAAUCAAUAAACGUCAAUUCACAAAAGAAGAGCAAGAAGAAGAAGAAGUAGAAGUUUCGCCAACCUACAAACAAACAAACAGGCCAAAACGAAAAGCACAUACACCUCUUUGCCACAGAGGGACGGCGGAUAUACAUACCACACAAAAGCCAUUAAGCUAUUUUGGCCACAACGAAUUACAACAAACAAUACCACAACAACAAAAAUAACAACAACUGUAUGGAAUUCGGCCGUAAUCAAUAAAGCUACCUCCCUCGCCCCUCUAGAGACACUAUCACCUUGAGCUCACCGAGUCGCCAAAGAACAGGACAAAAAACGUCAACAUGGGAAAGAAAAGUUCAAAAUUGAAACAGGAGACGAUCGAUCGUCUGACAACGGAUACCUACUUCACAGAAAAAGAGAUCCGACAAUGGCAUAAAGGCUUCCUGAAAGACUGUCCAAAUGGUUUACUUACAGAACAAGGUUUUAUCAAAAUCUACAAACAAUUCUUCCCCCAAGGAGAUCCCAGUAAAUUCGCCUCUUUAGUGUUUCGAGUGUUCGAUGAGAAUAAUGAUGGUUCGAUAGAAUUUGAGGAAUUUAUACGAGCCCUGUCUGUAACAUCGAAAGGCAAUUUGGAUGAAAAAUUACAAUGGGCAUUCCGCUUAUACGAUGUGGACAAUGAUGGCUAUAUAACGCGAGAGGAAAUGUACAACAUUGUGGAUGCGAUUUAUCAAAUGGUGGGACAACAACCGCAAGCGGAGGAUGAAAACACACCCCAGAAACGGGUAGAUAAGAUAUUUGAUCAAAUGGAUAAAAAUCAUGAUGGAAAGUUAACACUGGAAGAAUUUCGUGAGGGUAGUAAAGCUGAUCCACGUAUAGUUCAGGCGUUAAGUUUAGGUGGUGGUUAAAUCCUUUUUCGUUCAGAAACGAAGGGUUUACAGUAGACAAAAAAAGAAAAGCAAUUCCUAACUUGGUUCAUUACUUUAAAAGCUUUAAAGCUGUUUGUUCGUUUUUUCUUUUUCUAAAUUCCAUAACGAAGGUACUUAAACAUAUAUAAAGUUAACUUUAAUUUUAAUUGAUUAAAAUAAUUACUUCUUAAAAGGUUAGAGGGGAAAAUCUAAUUAAAUUUUCUUUCGAAAACAAGUUAAUCUUCAUUUUUUUCCUCUUCUCUUCUCAAUAAGAUAAGCUAAGGAAAAAAAGAGACAAAAAAAAAUAAAAAUAAAACAAACAUUUUGAAAUCUACAAUCUUAAGAUAACUUCUUACAAAAACAAUUCACAUUUUUUCUAAAGCCAAGAGCAUUCGCAAGAAACUCUUAAAAUGAAAAACAAACAACAACAACAAAAAUCAAUUCUUUAUAGAUACGACAAACAAUAACAAGUUCAUAGCAAUUAAAAUAAAAGGGGGAAAUUUUUCCACGAAAAAUUAAGAAAAAAAAAGGAAAACUUAAUUAUAAACUAAAGUUUAACAUUGUCAAUACACCAAUUAAUUGUGACAAAACAUAAUUAUUAAUUAUUAUUAAAUGCAAAAACAAACAAAUAAAAUCAAUAAUUAUUUACUUAAAUACAACAAACAAGCCUUUGAUAUUUGGUGAGUGGAAGAAAAAAAUCUACCAAAAAAAUAAUUUUGGGGAAACGAAUACAAAAACCACCAUUUGUUUUUUAUAACAUUACUAAAAUAAAAACAUAUUAUCUAUAACUAGAAAUGAGAAGAAAAAAAAUCUCCCAUUGUGGAAUAACAUAAACACGUUUUUUGAUAAUAGCUUUUAGCCAUAUUGUUAUUAGCAUUUUAGCCAAUCAUCAUAAUUAAGAAGUUAUGGUAACAACAAGUGAAAAAACUAUCAAAGUUUUUAUCAAAAACUAUUAGAAUCCAAAUAAAAGACAUUUUAAUUGUUAGGAAAGAAAAUUAAAUUAUCUUUAUUACAACUUUUAUUCUUAUAAGAAAAGUUCUCCAACCAAUAAAUAUCCUUUGCAGUUUUCAAGUCAGUUACUGUUUAUCGAAAAUCAGUUUCAUCCCCCGCCUCCAAUAUAUCUCCAAAUGAAUAGAAUCCAUCAUACUGAUUUAAUUUCUAUUCUAUAUGCGGUUCAGCUUUAUUAUUUCUCUGCACAAGAAAAAGAUGAAAUUAAGAAACAAACAAAUAUAAUGACGGAAUAUUUACAUUUAAAUGUAUAUUUUUAAAAUAUUUAUUUUAUUAUCAUUAUAUAUUUAUUAUAUCUACUUAAUUGUUUAUUAUAUUUAUUAAAAAUACUUCCAAAUACUCUCAAAUAUUUAAUAACAAUUUUGUAAAUAAACCCAAUUAUAAUAUGGUUAAAGGUAAUUUUUUAUUUUUUACUUCAAUAUUUAUUGCAGGAUGAUUUUUAACUUGAAAAAAAUUUCAGUGAUUCUAACUGCAAAAUUUGUGAUAAAACAUUAAUCGGUUUAUAGUGUCCACAAUCAAUAUAAAAUUCUACUCCAGUCAGUUGAAAUUAAAUUCAACAUUACUUCGAAACUAAAAAAAUGUUAUUUGACAAUAUUGACUCUCAGUGCCUGAAAUUUCUCUUCGACAAAAUUAUAAUAUUGGUCCAUUUUUGAUAUAGCCAAUAUUCCACAAGUAAGAAAAAAACGUGGAGAGCAAAAUGGAUGACACUGGGCAAAAAAAAAACAUUUUUAUAAAAAAAAGUAUCUGAAUUCGAACGUGUUCUACUUUAAAUUACAAACACAGUUUGGAAAAUGCUGUAAACUUUUUAAAAAACCAUAAAGUGGGUGAGGCUUUUAUAUGGGGACCAUACCAAAAAGGGGGCCUCUAUAGACAAUUUAUACUUCACAGAUUGUCAUUUACCAAUUCUUCUUAAAUACCAAAUUUGAAACAAAUUCGUGGGUUAAUGUGACUAUGAUUAUCAAAAUAUCGAAUAGUAAUGGGUUUGAAAAACCUUCGUACAUUAAAAUAAAUGAAGAUGUUAUUGCAAGGAAUUUUAGUUUUUCCAUUUGAAUAAUUGGAGAAUUCCAGAAUAUUCGUUGGGAAAUCGGUUUUUAUAGCAAGUAUGCGUUUUACUACGAUACCAUAACAUGACAUGAAAUGACUCUUCCUAACGAGUUCCCUUUGGAUAACAUAUUUGGAUUUUGAAUUUAAUAUUCACUUAUUAGUCGAAGAUUUCAGGGAACAUUCAUUCAUGGUAAAAUUGAUGUUCUAUGGUCGCAAUGUCUGUAGUAAUUCUCAUUCACUUGUAUAGGACAGAAUGUUGGAUUGUUCCCUUAAUAUCCUUAGCGCUGAUAUCUCCAGGAUAUGUCCGGGCAAAUUUAUUUUGUUUCCUAUUACCUAUGUCUAGAUACUUCGUCAAAUUCAAUUUCUUUCGGGACUAAAUUCUAGAAACUUAUUUUAAAAAUUGUAAGACAGGCUAGGAAGUCUAAUUAAUUUUGUCAAAAAUAAAAAGAAAAAAAUCAGACCGAUUCAUAUGACAAAGACCCAUCCAUUGAAUACGCUGCAUAUCCACUUUGGCUACCAUGUCUAAUUGAAUGGCUUAUUGACUUCGUUACAGCCUCAGUGUUGCCUAACCUCAUAGUUGUCAAGCCUCGUUGAAACCGAUGAUCCUCAAAAAUGGCGAUAAAUUUGUUGUUUUGAAAUUUGGAUGGUAUCGAAAAUAAGAAAUUUGUAAUUCUGAGUAAAUAUAUCAAUUUGAAGAUGAGUCCAAUAUUUUGUACACGCCCCAUAUAAAGGAUGCUCUUCAUUUUUAUACCCUCAGCCAUAUGACUAUAGAGGAUAUAUAUUAUUUACGGCCAAAACAUGUCUUAUCGCAAUAAUGGUUUUGAUCCUACGUCUCUUUCGACCAAAUCUAUUUUAAGGUAUUUGGAAUCGAUCUGGGGUUGUCGGUUCGUCUGGCUUGCUGGUGCGCUCCCCUACUCUUGAGGGGAGUGUUCCAAUUGGUCCGAACUUGGUACAUCAUAAUAUUAUUCUUAAAAUUAGAUCAAGUUCGGCGAUGGGCAAUAUCAGUCCAGUCCUUGUACUUCCCCCACAAAAAGUUAAAAUUUUCAUAGAACAAGGAAAAAAGUCUAAUUUUGUUCAAACUUUGUAAAUUCUAAUACUCGUAUCAGUGCUUGGUCUUGUACGAAAAUGAACACUUUCGUCCCACUUCAUCAUGUAUCUCAAAGAGUCAAAAUUUUAAAUAGUCAUAAUCUUUAUCAAUCAUGAAAUAAUAAUCCGGUUGUCUUAAAUUUGUACACAUCCUAAUAUUUCUACCAACACAAUAUCAAGUGUGAAGAGUGGAUAUGGGGGCCCACUCUCAGGUACCUUUUCCACGAAGGAGCAAAAUUUUCAAUAUUCAUUAACCUUAUUACUUGUGAAACAUAUUAGUGAUUUUCUUUUUACUAGCUAUAUAUCAAUGAUACACAUAACUAGAGACCUGAUGUGAAUAUUUGAUUUUCCGACCCACUUAUUCAAAUCCCUUUCCCACAAGGGGUUAACAUUUGAAAUAAUUACAAGGCUUAUAAAAUUCAGAAUAAUUAUUCGAUGUUUCGUUUAUCUUUGGAUAAUACAAUAUUUUCACCUACUUUAUAUAAAGUGUGGAUGUGGAACUAGAUAUUUAAAUCAGACGUACAAAAGGACAUAGGCUAAAGAUAUACGUAUGCUGGUAAAAUCGAAAGUUACAUUUACCCUUUUUUAAUUUUAGUGAAAAGAGACUCUACAAACAUGACAUACAUGACAUUCUUAUUGUGCUUAGAAAAUUUGAAAAUUUGCAUAUUGCCUAUAAACCCUAUAAGUCAAAAAUUUGAAAAGGAACCUUGUAUUUUGGAAUAAUUACUUAAUUUUGACCAAUAUAUUGAGGAAAUCGGUCAUAAUAUUACAAGGGUAUCACAUUUACCGAAACUUUACCGAUUGCUAUAUUGUUGUUGGAUACCACAUAGUCAGCACAGCCCGAUUGUAGCCUUUGCUUAUUUAUUGAAAUAUAGAAAUUUCGGCAUGUAACUUGAUUGCAAAAAGAUUCUCUAAGUUUUAUUUUGAAAAUGCUAACUAAUUUUCCAGUACAGAAAAAUUCUUUUCCAAAAAUUGGUUUUCGUACAAUUUGUCCUCCACUUAAGUUACGAAUCUUUUUCCCCUUUUAAACAGUUUUUAAUGAUUUGAAGGUAUAUCUCGAAAUACGCUCUAGUGUCAAGUGACGUAUAAUUUAUUGCAAUUUUAACAAGAGUUAUUCGUCGCUCAUACGCACCAAUUUGAAAUAAUAUGAAUUUAUUUUUCAUUAUUAUUUUAUUUAACCUUUCAGUCAUCCUGCAAUAAAUAAAAAUAUAUUUUUAUUUUUCUUUACUAUAUACCAAUAUAAACAGCACCUUUAUUAUUAUUAAAUAAAACAAAUUAAAUCCACCUAAUAAAAAUACCAAUAACUCAAAAAUGAAAUGAAACUAACGCCUCACUGAAAUUCUUCAAAAACACAAUCUAAUUAAACUUAAAUAAUGAAAAAAUAAAACAAAAACAACCAACCGCAUAACAUUUGUAUAUGUAAAUUAGCUUCAGUAAAAAAAAAAAACAAAAA